AUGGAGGUGGAGCAAGCACCCCCCGACCCGACCAAUUUUGGCUCGGCGCCACCCGACCUGACCAAUUUCAGCCCCAACCUCUCCGUGCACGCGCCAACCUUUGUGCCGCCGAUGGCGUUACCUAUGGGUAUGCAGGGUCACCCGCAAGGGUAUGACUUCGUCCCGAUGGCCGGCCCGCACUUUGUGCCGAUGGUGAUCGACGGCGAGCAGAUGUGGAGCAUCCAGAUGCAGUCCGCGCCGCCGAUGCACCCGCCGCACCCAUCGCACUUUCAGCAUCCGCCGUUCUCGCCGCACCUUCCGCCGCACCCGCCGUACUCGCCGCACGGGCACCCAUCGCCGCCUCACUUUGCAAUGCCGCCGCAGCCCAUGGACGUCUUGCAGCGCGGGAUGCGGCGGGCGCCGCCGCCACGCCACACACAGGGCCGGCACGGCCCGCCGCCUCCGGUGCAAGUUGGGUUUGAGCUAGAUGGCCGCGAGGGGCCGAUGACCCCCGACAAAGAGCGGCGGGCGCCAAGGGGCGAGCAGACCAGGAACAGGAGGGGGCCACGAGGCAAGGGCGGCGAGCACGUCAAGCACAACCGCGAGCCGGGCAAGACCCCGCGCGCCUUUUGGGCCCGCCAAUACAAGACAAAGCAAGAGACGCCGUUUGCGCUAUAUUUUUUACCAUUUUUCGCGAACGUCCAGCGCUUCCUUCUCCUAAAGGCGCGCUUGCCCGUCCUCUAUCGCCUUGGCGACUGGCCGGCGCCGCCGGCGGCACCCUCAGGCAUGCUCUCAAGCUCGCUGUCGAGCAUCGCCUUCGGCCUGCCCGAGAAGGUGGACGUCUUGGUCGUCGGCGGCGGGCCAGUCGGGCUGACUUUGGCGGGGCAGCUCCUCCACCUCGCUCAGCGCGGGCGUGUUGCGCUGGUGGAGGCGAACGAGGAGCCUUGCGGCGGCUCGCGACUGCCAAAGGCGCAGCUCAUCUCUGCCCUCACCAUGGAGACGUGGUCGCGUUGGGACGCCGCCCUGCCUCGGAAGAUUCGAGGCUUGUGUCGGCUGCGCCCGGAAACGACAAUGGACCUGGUGUCCUGGGACUCGGAUAAGCAAGCCCCACGGAGUACCGCCGUCGGCCUGCAGGCGCUGUCCGAGGGGCUGUCCAAGGAGUCGCACGGGUGGGUGCAGCAGCCGCUCUACGAGGCGGCUCUGAGGAGCCACGUCGCCUCGGCGCCGCGCGAGUGCGAGCUCACGACACAUUACGGCUGGAACGUCGUGGACGCCACCGAGACGGACGGCGAGUGGUCGGUCGUGCUCGAGCAAACGGAGCGAGGCGGUCGACACUACGCGGAGGACGGCCUGGACGGCCUCGCGACGGACGACACAGCCGCGCCAAAGGCUGGUGGCCGCGUGCGCCAAACGGUGCUUGCGCGCGUCCUCGUCGGCUGCGACGGCGGAAGGUCGUCGGUGCGCAGACGCGUGCCGGGCGCCGACCUGUGCGGCCAGGGCGGGCUAGGAGCGUCGCUGACGGUCGUCUUUCGCAGGCUGAGAUCGGACGCUUAG